CUUCACCUCUCCUCGUCCUUGUUCUUCAUCGCUCUUUCAUCUCCCUCGGCACAUCUGUUCCCCCGCGACACCUCCCACCCCUCCCGAGAAACCUCCCCUUCUAUACCCCGUGUCACCCCGCCCCACUUGUCGCCAUGGACGCAGCCUUCUUCCUGAAGAAGAAGGCCAAGCCCAACGCGAUACGCGGACGCGUUCCUCUCCCCCCCGCAAGCUCGACUGGUCGCCCUCCAGCAACAGUAGCGCGCCCCCCUCCCCGUCCUAAAGCUCCCCUCCCGCCCCGCAAAAUUGGCUUGCAGGCCGAGCCGCCACGCGUACCUACCACCAAUGGCGAGAACAUUCUCAAGUUCGACAUCGUGAGCGCGGCGCCGGGGCAGAAGCUGCGUUUCAAUAUCAUGAAGCUCAACUCGACCAAGGAGGUCGACCCGGGCGCUCUUCCUGCCCCGAUCAUGAUGAACCGCAAGCAACCAGGGCCUAAGAAUCUGCCGCAGCUCGCGAUCGACAAUGAGGGCAAGGUUAUCGGGCGCUAUGUGUUCGACGACGAGGGAAACCCCGUGCUGGACGAGGAAGGGAAACCUACGAUUGAGAAGAAGGUUGAGAUGGACAUGAGCCUCGUGGGGUCAGCUCCGGGCACAAACAACAAGCGCCGCGGCAAGCGCCAGACUAAAGAGGUGUUCCACCAAGACGUCGAGGUCAUUAAGCUCCGUCGCGAGGAGGCCAACCCCUGGGUUCUCGAGAGCAAGAACAAGACCCCCGAGAGCGCUGAAACCGCCGCUCAUAUACCUGAACACUGGGUCGGCCGCAUGGUCGAGCAGGCUGCGCUCCCUACCGUACUCCUCAUCAACGAUGGCACUGAGGCAAAUUUCACUAUGAUCCCCCUCGGGCGCACGUACAAGUUUGAGCCAGAGCGCCCUUUCAAGGUUAUGGAUGCGGACCAGGCGCACAAAUACUUUGAGAAGCAGGCGAAAGGAGGAGGGCAGGACCGCUGGAGCCAGCGUCAGGAGGGUCCAGGCGGCGCGUACGUGGUCAAAACCGAACGGCACGCGCUUGAGGAUCGUGCCAACCGCAUGGAGUGGAAGAUCAUGCAGAAGAAGGGCAAGGCGCCUUCGGCGAAUGUGAAGCGUGAACGUUUCGAGGAUGACUACGUCCGCGAGGGCCGCAACCUCGGUCGCGGCCUCGAGGGCGGCGUUGAUGAGGAGCUUGACUACAAUGCCGACGAAGACUUCCAGGACGACGACGAUGUCGACACCUUUUACAAAGACGGCGACGACGAGGAAAAACAGCUUCAGGAGGAGCGCCAGAAGAAGGAGUACCGCAUGGCGAACUACACCUUCGGUGACCGGAAGGAUGAGGACGACGACGAUGACGAUGAUCUCUUUGGUGACAAACAGAAGCUGUCCAAAGACGGCAAACGUCUGCGUCGGUUGCAGCGCAAGCAGGCGCAUGGCGAGGAUGCUGACAUGUACGAGAGUUCCGAUGACGACACCGAGAGCAGCGACGAGGACGAGGAUAAGGAUAAGGACAAAGAGAAGGACAAGGAGCGCCGCCCGCCCGGCUCAGCAGAGAAGAGCCACCCCGGCUCGCGCUCCGGUUCGCGUCCCCCUGACGGUCGGUCUGGAUCUCCCGCGCCCCGCCUCCACCCUCCCGGCCAACGUCCAGGAGCCGGCUCGGCGCUCCUCGCCAAGCGCGCGGCGAGCCGCGGUGUUUCCCCUCGCCCACCAGGUGCGCCGGGCAGCAGCCGCGCUGGCUCUCCUCUCGCCCGCGGCUCCUCUCCAGUGGCGCGCGAGGGAAGUCCGGCUGUUCGUGCUGGCUCGCCGGCAGUGCCGCGCGGCUCAUCACCUCUUCCCGGUACUCGCGAGGGUACGCCCAACCAUGUCAAGCCCGGCAAGCGCAAGGCUACAGCGUCGCCGCUCGACCCUAGCGCACCUGCGCGCCCUGCCUCGCGCCCGCCCAAACGCCGCAGCGAGGAGAGCGACGCGUCCCCGGCUGCAAAGAAGAAACACAAGAGCGGGAGCGCCACACCCAUGAUUGACCCCAAUGAACGCUUCGAGGGCAUGAUCGAGCGCAAGCCCGUGCUCGAGUGGCUGCAGAGCCUGUCGGGCCCCAUCACGAUGAAGCAGGCCGCCGGGCAGUGGGGCAAGCACAUGAAGAGCUACCCGGCGGAGAAGGCGCGUAAUCAGAAGCGGCUGGCCGCUUUCAUCAAGGAGUUCGCCGACACGGUGCCCACCGACCCACCUACAUUCGAUGCCGCUGGCAAGCCUGAGAGGAUGAUCAUCAUCAAGGACAAGUACCGCGCCUAGAGGAGGCGAACAGUUGUGCAAGGGCGCACGAGAUACAUUCUUACUGUAGCAUUGAUAUGAAACUGUACAUGUGUAAAGUCUUGACUUGAGCCGCCCAG